GUACAGAAUAAUAAAGUUUUCUUAAUAAAUAAUAAAUAAUCCUUUCGUUUUUUAAUUCGACUAACCUUCCUUAAAGUUAGAGGUUAAACCGACAAACGAACAUCAUGGAAUUUCCCUUGCACAUUAAAUUCCACCACACAUAUCUUGGACACAAAAGAUGCCCUCGAUGCCUCAAGCGAUUUACUUUGCAAUUUGAGUUAUACAAACAUUUAAAAUCCUGCCUUGGCAUACAUCCUAAGGCUACCCGCGGUGGCAUACCAUGCAAGCAUGGCUGUGGGCUCCUAUUCUCGAGAUACGGCAUAGCGCUCAGGCAUGAGAAUGCCUGCCCAAGAAUAGCAGAUAAUGAAUUCGAAUUUGAACGCGAUGGCUAUAGUGGAUGGCUACGAUGCCCCAGCUGCGGAGACGAGGGGUUCUCCGACGAGUCACUUGCCUUCCACUUCUUGAAGUGCCGUCCCAAAGAUGAAUGCAGCAAGUGCCACCGAGGCUCGUUUCGAACCAAUAAACACUUCAAGCUACACGAGUCGUCUUGCCAAGGUCGUGCCACAGAACUGCCAUCUCUGUGCAAGACAUGCGACAUUGAGUUUGUUACUCUGAGAGCCUUCACCGCCCAUCGACCUCUCUGUCCAAUCCGAGCGUCCCCCCAUAUAUUCCUCAUGGGCAAUCCCGAACCCGAGAUUCGAGGUAUGUCGUACCUGGAGUUCCUUCACACCUACUCUCUUGGGCCAGGCGGAUCUCUCUACUGGAAUGAUAUCAUCAAGAAUGUCGGCAGUGGCAGUCCCAAUAGGGCCGACCCGACCCACCCACCCCCUCUAGAUGGGCGUCGGCAUCCUAAUCGACCGGAUACGACUUGGAUAAAGCGUCUCGACGAUGUGACCAAAUCCGAUCUUGCGAUGCGGACGACUAGCGCAGUAGCCGAAGUAGUAGAGCGCUUCUUGAUCGAGGUAGGACACCGUUCGACUGAAGAAACGGAGGAUGGGGCCGAACGUUUUUGUCAAAAGCUUUUGGAGAUGUAUAAUGAAAUACGGCGUGGCGAAAGGAUCGCUCCGCCUAGAAUGAACCAUCCGUGCCGUGGUGUCUUCUGGGCUCACGGUUGGUGUCCAUGCCCAGUAAAUUGGCCCGUGAACCUCUCAACCUCGAUUGUAUGCAGAUCACGGCGGCCGGUUGCCUGUGUCCCCCUCAGGUGCUUAUUUUGUCGUGCUACACAACUGAGGUUAAGAUAUUGGAUGAUAAAAGGUAAGACCAACAUUGAAGGUCAACAACUUUGCACAAUGAAGAAUUGCACAGGCGUUGUUCCGGAUGAUCACCGGCUAGUGUUUAUACAGAAGUGUAACAAUGAGCACCAUCUUAACUCACAAGAACGGCAAAUCUUAGGUCUGGACGCAGCUGGGUCACGCCAAGAAGCAAACGAGGCCGUACCGGUUGAUGGCGGCUUUAACUCAAUGGACCUUCAGGAUGUUGAACCUUGGCUCCCUGGCGAGGAGGGCGAAUAUGACGAGGAGGGCGAAUAUGACGAGGAGGACGAAUAUGAUGAGGAGGACGAACAUGACGAGGAGGACGAAUAUGAUGAGGACGAACAUGACGAGGAUAGUGGCGGAUACGACGACGGCGAGGAGGGACGAAUCUGUGUACCUAACGUUACAGCCAAGAAACCAUGACCUCUUACUUUACACCGAGAACCGGGGGCGCAGCUUAAGGCGAGAGCGCUACCGGAGAUACGGAGGGGUCUAUGCGCUCGCUCGUGCUAUCGGCGGCCGGAAUAUUUAAGAGGUCGGACAGAGCGUCGAGACAUCUUCCCCUUGACCUAGAUAGAGGUGCGAGGAAGGCCCAGGUCACCUGCCCCAUCUUACGACGCCGACACUGCAUCGCUUUCCAUACAUCUUCGAAAUAUCGCCCUGUACCGGACGAGCGGUUUAUCAUCACACCGCGUUGUUUGCCAUCUAUGAAUAAGUGGGUAAGUGGCGUU